AUGGCACACCUUGAAGCCCGCAAGCACGUCUCUCCCGACUCGGGCUUCCCCAUCACCCUGCACCCAGGCUUCAACGCCAAGAUCAAGGACUGGGUGCCACCGGAGCCUCUGCGCGAGGAGUUCAAACCCAAGCAGGACCGCGCCCUGUUCGCCGACCCGGAGAAGAAGGCGCUCUUCGCGGCCGCGCGGCGCGUGGACCUGACCGAGUCAAUCGGCACGCUGCUGGAAAACGUCCAGCUUUCGCAGUUGGACGGCAAGCAGCUCGACGAACUCGCCCUGCUGGUCACCGAGAGAGGUGUGGUGUUUUUCCGCGACCAGGACUUGACCACCGAGGGACAGUACAAGCUCUUUGAACAUUACGGGACGCUCGACCGACAUCCGGCUCAAAAGGAUCAAAAGCAUGUGGUGAUCAAAGGGAGCCAGGAAGACCACCGUGAGAUAUUGAAAUACACUCCUUGGCCUUCCGGGGACUGGCACGCCGACACAUCCUUUGAGAUCAACCCUCCGUCUUACUCCCUCCUGCGCAUGGAAGAACACCCUCAAGUCGGAGGCGACACUGCCUGGAUCUCGCAGUACGGCACAUACGACGCCCUGAGCAAAGCCUUGCAGAAGUUCGUCGAGGGCCUGCACGCCGUCCACACGUCGCGGCUCCAAUACGACACCAUCCUCGACCUCUGGGGCGUCGGCCCCAACAGACCGCCCAUCGACACCCACCACCCGGCCGUGCGCACGCACCCGGUCACCGGCCUGAAAGCGCUGAACGUGAACCCAGGCUUCGUCACGGGCUUCGCGGAGCUCAACAAGAAGGAAUCAGACAAACUGCUCGAGUUCUUCGAAUACCACCUGCACUCGGCCGACGACCACUACGUGCGCUGGAAAUGGGCCGUCGGCAGCGUGGCCAUGUGGGAUAACAGAUGUACUGCCCACCGCGUCAUCCCAGGAACGUACGACAGUCCCCGCAAGGGGAUCCGGACGACGGUGUUUGGCGAGAAGCCCUACUUCGACCCCACGAGCGAGAGCCGUCGCGAACGCCACCAACGCGCCGCCUCCAAAGCAGGGGCCGCCACCGCAGCGAUCAACGGCAGUGCGAAAGCGACGACGACGACGACGAAUGGGACCGCCGGAGGAGGGAAGCCCGUUACCACGACGACCUCAGAGUCGUCCCUCCACGAACCGCAUGAGCACACCCCUGCAUGA